AUGGCACAGUGGCUGCUUCAGAUGUGGACGUUAUUCCGAAUGAUUUUUUAUUUGACUAAAACAGUAAACCAGCGGUCGAGUAUUGAAUGCUCCAAGGACUACUAUUGUACUGGGUUUGGAUUGUUCUUUUCACAUGUAGUCAUCAACCCGAUCAUUGUGGGUCUGGUGUUCGCCCGGGUACCUCAAUCAAUCGAUUUGAUUAACAUGACCGCCAAUCUGUUGUUCAGGGCACGGUACCAACGUUCAUGGCUGAUAUCAAGCACAUACGCCAUGGUCCUAUUUCUAUGUACCCUUUUCCUUAGAUUGUACCUCACUAAUAUUUCCACACCCCAGUUAUAUCCGGACCUUUAUUAUCCCUUUUUUAUCUCUAACUUUGCCCCAAUGUUGAUCAUAGUUCUUAAAGGCGUCCUGUGCAUCAUUACACAAAACGCAUACGAGGAUAUCAACAGGUCAGGUUUAAUAAGCGAUAAUUGUUUUAUGAUACACCUGCAUAAUAUUUUAUUCUAAAUUUAAUUAAUAAUGCUUAAUCGGCAUAAUAUACAAAAACUUCGGUGAACGUAUAAUUUCAACAUAAUAAUUUGUGUCCAUUGUAGAGAAUUAGAAGAACUAUGUCACGUACAGUCGAAUUAUGAACGAGCAAUACGACUGAACGAAUUAAUGAAUGACCAUUGGUUUUUGGAAAACCAUACAGAAACCAUGGUAGAUAUGUUUGGAGCCGAAAUGAUCUUCAUAACGUUAGACCUUUACAUACAAUUCUUAUUGUAUCUAUACAUACUAACGUGGGAGAUGGUCAUCCGGAGCGUAUUAAUGAAUAUACCAUUUUUACAUAUUAGUCCUCUCAUUGAACUGUUCUUCAUUAUAGGAAAAUUAUGUUACCUUUGUUACAGAUGUCACACCUUUAUCAGUGAGGUAAUUAAAGACGUUAAAAGUAAUUUUUGUUUUAUUUAUUAUAAUGCGAUUGAAAAUGUUGAGAUCAUUAAACCAUGUAAGGUAGACUUCAAAAAUAUCUUAUACAAGAUGAUUCGCUAAGCGUGCUCAUCUCAUUUUUUUAUUUACAUUUUACAUAUAUUCAAAUUUUGAUUUUCAGAAUUUUGAAGUGUAGUUAAAAUAGAUAUUAUCAAAUAGUUGGAAUUUUUACAAUAUUUAAGGAAUAUCCUGUUGCGAUACCAACUUUCUUUUUUCAAAUGAAAAUCUAUGUUUAAAAAUCCAUAAAUAGAUAGAGUAUUAAUUUAUAUUGAAGCUAAAAGAACCAAUUUUAUUUUUGAUGCUAUGAUAAGACGUUGUUCGGGCGAUUCUAUAACAGUGUAUACAUAUAAACUGUUUUACCGUCACUACCACCAGAUAGAGCACUUACCACUCGGUGCAUUACUUAAUUUUUUGUGUUUAUUAUUAUUUGUAAACUUCAUUUUACGUACCUAGUGAACAAAUAAAUAUACUUUACCGAAGUACGAAAUAAAUAACCAAAAAUUAUUCUUUCUGACUCAAAAAAUUUAAAUAAAUUUUGAUGGCAACAUUUUUGAUUUCUGCCAACCAACACACAUAGUGAAUCCUGUAUAUUAAAUUAGAAUCGCAAAGUCUACUUUAUUUUAUCCCAAAUUUUAACCUCAAUAGUGUUGUUCACAUCAGUGUUAAACAGUGUAUAAAGUACGUAUCUAAAUUACAAUUGCAUCAUGUAUCUAGAUACUACUUAUAAAUAUAUUAUCCAGUAUUAAGUAUUUACAUACUUAUUUUGAAGCAUCAUUUAUUUUUUUCCAACUCUGGGUAACACGUGAUUUUAAAAUAUGAAACAUUUUUUUUUUGUUACAAAUUGUACAUUAUACUUUUUUGUGAUCCAACAACUAUUUCCAAAUUAUUCAUAUUAAAAUAAAUCACUUAAAAAUUGGUGUGCGACAUGAUAUUUUAAGUUUAUCAUAUUCAACAUCUAAAAUUAACAAAAAUAUUCAUAAAUGUAUCCAUUGAUUUAUUUAUAAUAAAAUGUGUAAAACAUCAAACAUUUUAUUAUACAAAAAUAUUAACUCUGAUUUUAGCGUGAAGAUGUAAUUUAUCAUUUGAAACAUUUGGGCUCAAUGGUGUCAAAUGAUGUAAAUUCCCAGACUAUCGUUAGUACCUAUUAUUUUUAUAAUUAUUAUUUAAAUUAAUAUUAUAUAAUAAAUAAGAAUAUCCAAUCAUUACUCUUCUGGUAGUUAAAAAUUUGAAAUGUGAUUUGCUAUAAAUAAUACUUGAUGUAUUUUACUGAGUUAAAAUAUAAUAAUUUUGCAUGCAAUUGUUAUAGUUUUUUACACAUCUAGUACUGACUUUGAACAAUUUUUAUGGGGUGGUUCACUAUUUUUUGCAUCAAUUAUAUAUUUUAGUAUUAUAAGUUAUGUUAUUAUUAGUAUUUAUUACAAUUAAUUCAGUACGUUUAACGUUAAUAAAUAACAUAUUAAAUAUAAAUAUUUUAUUUAAAAAUAUUUUUAUUUAGUUUAAUUAAAUUAGAAACAUUAUUAUUGUUAUUAUUUUAGAAUGUGUUGGAAUAUUUUGAUUAACAAUGAUGUUUAUUUCUUUUUUUUAUGCAAACACUUUUUCUACUAAAAAGCUUACUACGAUUAUCAAGUAUAGUAACUUUUCUGAAAGGAAACGAUCCCUGGGUGGUACUUUAAAGUAUUCAUUUCUAAAAUUGCCAUUACGCCAUUAAUAUUCGAGAUAAUGAGGAAAACCUGGUUCUUUAGGUUAAAAACGGUUGAAAGAUUUAAAAGUAUAAGGCUGUUAUUGGCAACCGUUAUUAUUUAUUUUUUGUUAUUAUUAAAUUUUUACUAUUUUAAUCUUUUUUAAAGAAGUAUUGUUUUCAUGGAAACGCACAUUGUUGUAAUCAUUUUACCAUAAUAUAUAUUAGAUAUAUUAUUGACAAAGUAACACUAUCAACUAAACUUUGCUCAGAAUUGUUUUUUCGUUGCUUAUAGAUAUACAUUAAAUUCUCGUCUAUAUCUUAUUUGGCAAACUUCCACCUACAACAAUGGCCACACCCUCUUGCAAAAUAUGUCCGUAUUUUUUUUUAAAUGAAUCUAAUGCAACGAAAUUUUUUUGUAUACAAAUUGAUUGCUUCUUCGAUAAACUCCUGAGACGAGCUUCUUCGCCAUCUUAAAUUCCAUACAAUAUUUCAAUAUUUCUGAUCCCAUCCGAUUUCAAUGUUUUUAGAUAACUUGAAUCAUUGCACCGAAUGAUCGUUCAACCGCAUUAGUGACAACCUAUUUAUUAUAUACAUAUAAAACUAAUUAUAUGAUUUAUGUUGAGUACUGAUAACCAAUAUUAUCUGAAAAAAGUUCAGAUAUAGGAUUUUCGUCAAUUUAUUUUUAUUAAUAGCAAUAUAUUUAAAAUACAUGAAAUCUGAGAUUAUAUAGUCUUUAUAAUAUUCAGAUACAAAUACUCAAUUAUCAAUACAUUCACAGAAUUGUUUUCAAUUAGUUUUCUCAUUUAUUCGAUAACGUAACAUAAUUAUUAAAUAUUGCACGCCCUACUAUACGUUAAAUCGCAGUAUUGAUAAAUCUACGAUCUAUUUCAUAUUAUUCAUUCUGAAAAUAAUAAAAUACAACCUAAUGUAUUUUUUAAUGUCAUUGUCUUUUUUUAACGAUUUAAGUCUGUUCGAAAUUCCAAGGGGAGAGACAUUUGUCCACUGGAACAUACCUGGAUUCAACACUAUAAAAAUCAUAAUCUACGGAUAAUGAUACAAAUCAUGGCAUGUAAAUCUUUAAAAUACAGAAUAUAAAUCUGUACUUCCUUAUCAAAUAAUGAAAUUAUUGAUAAUCCAUUCUUAAAAACUGAAAGUUUUGAUUGGAAAAGUAAUCGUAAUUAGUUUAGAAAUUCACAUACGUAAUUGCAGUAAAACGUAGUUGUACUAGUGUAAAAGACAAAUUAGUGUUGCUGUUUUUAUAUAUUAAUACAAAUUUGACAGAUAUAUUAAUAAUAUUUAUAUUUUAUACUUAUAGUUGAGGCUAUUUACGCUACGUGUAAAUUGUCGUAAAAUGAAAGUCUCGGCAUCUGAUUACUUCGACAUUAAUCUAUCACUUCUGUUUGCGGUGAGAUCAUGUUUAUAUAUAUAAAUAUAUAUAUAUAUAUAUAUAUAUGAUAUAUUUUUUGCAUUUUAUAAAGUAUUAAUUAGUUUUAGAGCCUGGGUCAGACAAUUUAUUUUGACCUUAUAAUGUGUACCAUUUUAUAUUUAUUUUUCUUGUGUGUGCGUGUGUGUGUAUGUGUAAAAUGAAUUUUAUUAAAAUGAAUAAUAUGAUAAAUAAAAAAUAUUAUUUUAUUAAUAGUAAUUAUUAUUAAACUCAUAAAAAUAAUAAUAUAUCAAUAUAUUAUACACAGAUACUUAUGAAUUCUAAGCGUAGCGAAGAAUGUAAUAUUUCUCCUAUGAUGUGUUUUUUUGUGUCUGUAAAUCAAUUUUCUAUCAGAAAUCGUGUCUCAAUCGAAAAGAUGUUUUUUGUAAGGUUUUUAGUGCAUAUUUUGAUAUAUUUCCAUAUUUUGAUGCAUACAGAUAAUUUGUUGAGUAUCCUUGAAGUUUUUAUAGUAAUUUGGAAAAACCAGGGAAAUUAUAUAUUGGAAGAACAAAAGAAAAAGUUUCAUAAAAAGACUAUACAAUUUGUAUUAUUUUUGAUUCUUUUGAUCGAAUUAAUGUUUCAGAAAUGUUGCUACUAAUUUAAUUUAUUAUAAUUUUUUAAGUCUAUUUGGUGCAUAAGGUCAAUUUUUUGAUUUUUCUUAAAUUUUUCUUAUUAACUGGAAGAAACCAAAAAAAAAAUAAGAAAAACGGGAAAAUAUAUGGAAUUAACGAUAUUAUUUUAAAUUUCGUUUUUUUUUAUUGUAAUUCAGUUAAUAAUCGUCAUAGAGACUUGAAAUUUUAACAGAAAACUUCUUUUCAAAAUAUUUAAGCCAUUUUUAUGUACGGUAUUUAUAACGAUUUUAAUGUGAGUUUUUUAAGUAAUUUUUAUUUGGUAGAAACUCUGUGGAUAAAAUUAUUAAAUUAAUCAGAAAUGCUUGAAAAUUUAACAGAAGUUUCAUUAUAAAUCGUACUAAGGCAUUAAAAAAAAAAAAAAAAAUUAGUGUUAUGAAGCAUUUUUUUUUUUUUUUUCAAAAGUAUUAAAAUAAAAUUUUGAUUAAAAUCAUAAAUAUUACGGUCUUUCAAAACAUGUGUAACCAAACUUCAAUUCGAAUCGUUUUUCGGUAGCAAUAAUUUACCCAUGCUUCCAGAUAUAAAUUAAAUAACUUUAUGUAUCUAUACCAUCCUAAUUUCCAUCUGCCACAGUGGCACACCCGUUUCCAGUAUCAGUCCCAUAUUAUUUUAGUUUCACGUGCGUUAAUUUGUUGUGGCCGAUCAAAAAUGCUUGACAAUUUUAUACAAGGUUCAUCAUAUUAAGUUUUACUUAUUGGUUAAAAAAAAAGUUAAGCAUAGUAACAUAAAAGUUUUUAUAAACUAACUAUAACGAAAUUCAUAAAAAUCAUGCUAUUUAAAAACAUGUUUUAUUGAAAUUCGUUCAGACUCAUAUUUAGUUAAAAAUGAUUUACCAUUAAAUACAAAUAUAAUUUAAAUACUAUAUGUAUCCAAUCUUCUUAAUUACCUACCUAUAACAAUAUGACACCUUCUUCAACAAUAUCAGCAACUUAUUUUAAAAAUAUGUAACACUGCUACUUGAAAAUAAUAUAAUCAAACAAUAAAUUAGACACUUUACUGUCACAUUGGAAUUCAAAUAAUUUUUACAACUCACAAGUACACUCAUCAGUGUGUUACUUCAAACAAUUAGCUUAUUAUUCGUCUUUUAAAAAUGUUGGACACGAUUAAAGAGAAUCCGAAUCCUAGGAUUCUUCUACUAAAUACUAUGACCUUGACGGCCUUGACUAAAAUGUUUGCAUAGCUAAUUCUGUUGAGUAUUUGUUUUGAUAAAUUAUGUGUUUUCUUUUUCACAGACGGCCGGCGGUGUAUUGGGAUAUUUUUUGAUACUGGCUCAAUUUCAAAUGAAGGGUUACGUCAAAAUGUUAGAAGCACAUGCCUUAUCAAAUGUAUCACGGUCAUAUUGUAUUUCAUGGCCAUGUCUUGAGCUCCCCAUUACAAACAAUAAUCAGAACAUUUCAAACUGAAAAAAUUUAUCUGUACCAAUAUGUAAAUUAUAUUAACUUUUUAGAUUCUGAGUGUAGCGAAGAAUGUAUUGAUUUUACUAAGAUGUUUAUUUUUCUUCUUUUUUUUUUUUCAUCCUACGUACCAAAAUUCUAGAAAUUCUAGAAAUUCAGAAAUCUUGCUCAGAUAUAUACGCGUCGUACUAUUUCUGAAAGAGAAUGUUGUCCAAAUGGUACUUUUGGGAGGUCAUUUUUUGAUUUUUCAAGCAGUUUUUAUAAUAUCUAAGGAAAACCAGGAAAAUACGAAAGAAAACGGAAAAUUUACGACAAUAAUGCUUUUAUUAUUUUUCAACUAUGUUAUUUGUUGUAAUUCAGUUAAAAAUACUCGUCGAGACUUCAAAUUUGGAAAGAAAACUUAUAUUUUCUCUUUCUAGAUGUGGUAAAAUUUUCACAAAAAUUUAAACCAUUUCUUAGUCAUUUAAAGACAUUGUAAUUUUUAUUCGAUAGGUACACUGUGGUAAAAUUGUUUAACUUAAACAGAAAUGCUUAAAAAUUUAACAAGAGAUUCAUUAAGAAUCUUAGUUUGUAGUCCAAAAAAAAAAAUUGAGUUUAAUUCAGUAUUUUUUUUUAAUAAGAGUAUUUUAAUAUCAAAUUUUGACUAAAAAAUUGUUUUAUAUGUAUAUGUAUAUUGCCGAUUAAAGAACAAUGAUUAAGUCAAAAUUAAACGGACUGACAAGUUUCGAAAUUAUAGCUUUUUGAAGUUCAAGUAUUAUACAGAUAUUAUAUGUUAUGUUAAAUAACUCUAUAUUAUCCUUCUCAAAGCAUAUAUGUCCUGAUCUAAUAGUCAUUUAUACCUAUUAUCAUCCUAGAGAUUCCGAGUUCAAACCGGUGUGUCAAAAAAAAAUAUUGUUUGCAUUUUUUUUACCUAAACAAGGAAAAAAUAAUGUAUUUUGAACGUCCCUAGAGACCCAAGCAAUCGCUCCUUCAGACUUUUUUAAUCACAAAAUACCCCUCGAUUUGUUGUGCAAACUUUUACACUAGAAAUCUUACUCUGAUAUAUCAAGUUCAGCUUAUUUUCUAAAAGGAAAUUUUUCUACAUGGUAAUUUAGGGAGGUAAUUUUUCAAUUUUCACAAGAGUUUUCCCAGCAAUCACGAAAAACCAGGAAAAUCGGAACAAUAUUAAACAGAUAUUAUUAAAGAAAAUAUAUAAUGCCUAUUUAAUUAUUUUGCCAUAAUAUGCCAUAGCAUAUAUAUUAUUGACAAAGCAUCACUAACAAUUGAACUGCUCUCAGAAUUGAUUUUUUCGUUAACAAUGGCCUAUCGUUGCUUACAAAUAUACAUUAAAUUACCUAUAACAGUGGCUGUCUCUAUUAUCCUAGGACGUCUUUUUUUUUUUGUUUUAAAAUUAUGAUGGAUAUUAAAAUAUAAUUAUGUAUCGGUACCUAUGCAUGUAUAGACGUGUCACACAAAUCACUACAGUCAACCCAGAGAUGAAGUUGAUCGAUUCGGCUACACUUAAAAUUUUUUCUAAAAUAUUAAAUUAAUCCUACUUGUCUGUUAUAGACAACCACAACGCCGAUCAUAGGAGGGAAUUGAAAUGUUUAGGUUAGAUUAAACCCUUUUACAAUGAAAUAAAAACAUGAAGUGUUUUAUAAAUUGAUGACGGGCCCAAAUCACCGUCGUCCAUUUAGAUUAACAAACAUGAAAUAAUAUUAAGCAGUUACAUAACAGAAACGAGAGAGAAAAGGGGUGCUCUUUAACUGACACUAUAAGGUAUGUAUGUAUAAUUGAUAAGCAAAUAAAAUAAUACAUAGUCAAAUCCAAAGGACAACAAUAUGACAAUAUUUGAAAUAAACACUACUGCACCAUUGCCGGCAAUUUGACGGCAGCCCACUGGUCCUCGCAAAUAUCGGUCAGGGAAGGAGUUGACUCCGGCGAUCAUUUUCCGGAUCAUUCGCCGCCGAAUUUUUAUCCUACUGCGGCAAAGCCCCCUCGUCGGAGACGAGCUGGGACAACUUUCAUCGGAACGGUUUACACGGCACACGAAAAAUACGACAACACAGCUGUCGGAUGACGGCUAACGGUAAAAAUGGCGGGAGUCCGGCACCGAAGACACAGACGGCGGCCGCAAGAUGAAUCCGUUCAACUUUCGACGCGUACACCACGCAUGAUGAUAGUCCCAGCAACGGGACGACGGAACACGCCACAAUGUGUGCCGAUUCCGCGCGACCACGCGACGCGGCUAACGUACACCGCAACGAGCAACCGCGUAUAAGCACCCAGACGAAACAAAAGCGGUGAAUCCAGUGGGGUGGGGGGGGGGUUGUAUUAUCAAAAAUUCUCGAACGGUCAUGUCAUCCAUAAUUUUAUCGACUUGACCGACGACAGUUCCGACCGAUAAGGCGUGAACGGCCCCGCAUCGGUUACAAAUAGCGUAGAUUUACGACAGACGUUUUGUUUUAAUUAUUACGCUUUUUUAUUUUAAACAUGUUUUAGGCAUACCAUUGUUGUUCCAAUUAUAUAAUCACUUGUUAAACAACACAAUUGUGAUUUUUUAAAAAAAACAUCUUCAUCUCCUCCUCAUAUAACAAUAAGCAUAUUAAAAUACUACAACACCAGAACAAUCAAAAAUCUAUAUUAUUUCUUCUAAUUUUCUAAUUAUGUUUUAUUGUAAUAAACAUGGAAAGACUAACUUUGGGUAUUUACUUUUUCAAAUCAUGUGCAUCGGAAAACUGACUUUUGGCUACCCCGGAAUUUAUGUUUAUUUCCUCAUAAAUGACUAAAUAUUAUGUUAAUAUGUUUUUAUUAUUAAAACAAAAAAUUCUUAUAAGACAAACUUCAAAAGAAUUAUUUGAUGUCAGUUUAAAUAUACACUUUUAGUUCAUCAAAAAUUUUUGAUCAAUAGAAUUUUUUGGAGCGACACAUUUAUAUGAAUUUUAAGUCUUAGGAAUAAAAAAAAUUGCCAUCCCUUACUUACGUAUUACAUUUGCACUAAAAAUAAGGCUUUUUUCAAUUUUAAUCAUGCAAUCCCAGAUUUUCUAUUUAUAUUAUUAUAUUAAUAUAUUAUUAUUAUAAACAUAAUUAAUAAUAUUAAUAUAAACAACCGUUGUGUAACCGUGCUGUAAACGAUGUCUCAGUGAUAUAGAACAUAUUCAGGAAUGACAAAUUUUAAAUUUAGAAAUGAUAAUUAAUAAUACAUUUUAUCAUAAUCAAAUUUAAUUUACUUGGAUUUUAAACAUGCCAAUUUUAAGAAGUAAGAAUAGUUUCCAAUUUUAUUUAAUUUGAUUAACUCUCACUACACCAUUUUUUUUAAAAAUUAGGUAUCUACACAAAUACCAACUAAUAAUUUAUGAAAACCUUUAACAUCAAAUAUGUAUAUAUUUCCAACGCAAUUUAACUAGUGAUAUUUGGAUGAUAUUUAGUCGAUAGUUGGGUACCACUUUUUAAUAACACAGAAAUAGAAUAACUUUCAUUAAAAUCGAAAAGGCAAGAGUAAAUACAAAGGCAAUAUAAGAGUGAUAAUAAUGUAGUAUAAGAGUUUUACAGGGGAAAAUGGAGUGUUCAGCUAAAAAAUUGAUUCGGAGUUGUGAAUUCGAGAAUGGUGACGAGAUAAAUUAAUUAGGAAUACAAUACUGUUUUACCUACUCGCGGUGUUGGCACAAAAGGGUCUAUAUCUAUAGAUAUCUUCACAUGAAUUCAUUAGAUGACAGCUAUAAUUCAAUUAAAAUAUUCUAACUAAAAUAUUUAUCACUUCGAAACUGCGUGCACUCAGAUAACAAAUAUGUUAAUAUUUAAAUUAGGAAAUAAAACUUAAAGUAUUUACUAUGGAUUCUAAGAAUCACAUUUUUAAAUUUUUUUUUUUCCAAUACUUAAGUUAUUAAUGAUUCAAAUUUAAUGAAAAAAAAAUAUACCUAAAUAAAAAAAAAAUAAAACAAAAAUAUUAAAAUAAAAAUUUGUAAAUUUCAUAAUAAAUAUUAUUUUUUAUGCAAUACACAGUAGGUCUCUUGCCCUAAACAUAAUCAGAAAGUUGAAAUCAUGGAAAUAUGGAAUGCGUUCGUUGCUAUUUUACGUGCGAAACAAAAAUAUAAAACAAAUGUUCGUAGCGAGGCACUUUUAUUGUUUUUAUUAGAGGUUCCAGUGUCUAUUCAUCACAUGUCAACGUCGAUAUUAUAUAGACUAAGUUAGCAAUAUUUAAUUAUAUACAGAUACAAAAAACAACUCCUUUUAUAUAUUUGUUUUUCUUCGAGAAUUAAAUAAUAAUAAUUCAGUUUUAAACAAUCAACUAUUAAUGAGUAUAAAAUGCGGAGAGUUAUAAUUUUAUUCAGUAGUGUAUCGCAUAAUGAUGUAAAGCUAAAAGAAGAUACAAUAACAAUGCCAUCGUCGUACCAUUUAAAUUCACUGACUAAAAUAGCACCCGUCUACUAUAUGGGGAAAUUACUUGGAAUUUUACCGAUAAGUUAUACUACUCGUAAACAAAACGUGUACAAAAAUUCGAUACAAUUCAUCGGAAGAAAACGGAAAAACGGUAAGAAUAAUAUUAUUAUAAAAAUGUUUACCCAUUAAUCACUGCUAUAUAUUCACAGUGCGUGUGGGACGCUUCUACGCAAGCAAAACUGGUUUGGCCUUAUGGAUGACACAGUGGCUUCUUCAAAUGUUGGCCUUUAUUCAGAUCUCUUUAUAUUUGGCUAAAACGAUAAAUCAGCGUGUUAAAAUCGAUUGCUCCAGUGACCACUUUUGCACUACGAUCGGGCUGAUUAUGUCGCACGUGAUUAUUAACACUAUCGUCGUAGUGAUGGUUCUAGCCCGAUUAACACAAUCGGUCGACUUGCUCAACAUGGCUGCCAGCCUGUUGUUCAGAUCACGGUUUCCACGUCCGUGGCUAACUUCGGAUACAUGCUUCAUCGUCUUGUUUCCGAGUCUUCUUUUUUUCAGGUUGAUUCUCACUAAUAUCACUACACCCCAAUUCUAUCCAGAUCUUUACUAUCCUUAUUUUUUCUCCAAUUUCGCCCCUCUUACUAUCGUCAUUUUAUAUAGCGUCCUGUGCGUCGUUACCCAAAACUCAUACGAGGACAUUAACAGGUAAGAUUUUAUCAACGAUUGUGGACAAUUUUGAACAAUUCUGUAGAAGUAUUAUGGCGCACAGUGGUCUGGAAAUGAAAUUUAAGUGGCAAAAAUAGGCCAUUAAAAAUGUUCAAAAGAUCAAUUUUUUUUUCUAGGAUCUCACUAGUAGAUUACUAGUGUAAAUACAAAAUUUUAGUCUCAUAAAAUUUUAAAUUCAAAGUGUAUCAAAGACUCAUAUUAGUUUAACUAAAAAUUUUUUUUAUAUAUUGUAUACAAAAAUUCGGACGUCAGUCAUUUCCACCAAAACACUUGAUUUUCGUUUCCGCCAAGUUUACUUCAACCUAUAUUAUGUAGAUGAAGUUUAAGAAUCUCUAGUCUAUAUACAGUGUUAUAGAUCCCCGAUGUAUAUCGAGUAGUAGCGGUGCUUAAAUACAAUUUACGGAGAGACUUCGCUUUUGUGUAACUGUUGGUUAAUUAUAUAAUAUGUUUUUAAUUGAAAUAUUUGAGAUCCAUUUAAAGUUACCCAGGAACCACCACGAGGAGGUGAAUAUCAUUAACCCUUCAAAACUUAAUUUUCGGAUUAAGUUAAAAUAUUUGAAUAAAGUUGAUUAUAACUAAAUUUAUGUUACAAUUAUUAUUUCGAAUAAUUCUUGCACACCUUUUUUUAAAAAUGUCAUUCUUGAAAUUUUUUUAUUUUUGUAUUCAUCUAUUAACACACACACUAUCUACACAUAUAUUGUAGAUUAGAUUGGUUUAUAUUUAUUUAUAAUGAGAAGGAAUUAAUAAUUACUACGUGUAAAUAAAAUAAUACAUCUCUAAUCUAUCUCUAUAUAAAUUUUAAAUGAUUUAUACCAAAUCGUGUAUUUAAACUAGGGGUUCUUAAACUCCAUCUUAAAAAUAUAGGUAAAAAUGAACUUGGCGGAAACGAAAAUCGAAUCUUUUUCAUUUUGGUAACCGCCGAAAAAUUCUGCCAGGAAUCUUGCUCCGAUAUUUACGGGUGGCACCAUUUCUGAAAGAAAAUAUUGUUCAAAUGGUACUUUUGGGAGGUUGUUUUUUUGAUUUUCCGAAGAGUUUUCUCAAAAAAUUUGAAAAACGAAGAAUAAAAGUAGGAAAACCGGGAAUAACGGAGACAGAAAUCGGAAAAUUGUCUAAAGUUAAUACAUAAAAAGUUAUUUAAGUAACAACGACAAAUAUGGUACAUUUAAUGAUACAUUUUCUAAAGUAUUUAAACCAAAAGUGAUAUUUCUAAAAAUAUAUGUUUAGUUUUUAAAUUUUAAAUUUUAAAAACACCAUUUUUUUUUUUAUAACAAUAUGAUCUUUGUGCGUUGUAAAAUAAAAAGGGACGCAAUAAAAAAUUAUAUAUUCUUAUAGCUGAGAAUUUCUUCUACAAAACACAUUUAUUGGGUGUAGGGUAAACUUGAGUUAACAUUUACUACAGUCUGUGGAAAAAAAAAACACAAAGACGUUCAAUUUUGUUAUUAUUCAUAAAAGUUAAGGACUUAAAUUAAAAAAAUAUGUAUAUAUAUAUUUUUUCAUAAUCUUAAUAUGUGACUUAACAAUCAAGCAUUUCAUUUAUUUUUAUUUUAUGCAUUUUAAUACCCAAAAGAAUUAAUGAACUAUCCACAUUUUAUUUUCAAAAUAUCAGAAAAAUCAAAUUUGUCUAGUUAACUUAGCUAUAACUCGAGUUCAAAAUAUGUUAUAUAACUGAAAAUGCGUGUUUACACUAGAAGAAUAUCUGUUAAUAAGAUUCUAAAACAAAAAUUGACUUUUCGAACAUUUUUAGUGACCUAUUUUUGCCACCUAAAUUUCAUUCUCAGACCGCUGUGUGGUAUACACUUUUAUACAAAUUACUUGUUUCGUUCACUAUAGAGAAUUAGAAGAACUGUGUUACUUACAGUCUAACUACAAACGAGCAAUACAACUAAACGAGUUAAUGAAUGACCAUUGGUUUUUGGAAGACUACACGGAAACCUUGGCAGAUUCUUUUGGCACCGAAAUAGUACUCAUAACAUUGGACAUUUACAUACAAUUCUUGCUGUAUCUAUACACACUUACGUGGGAAAUGGUUAUUCGUAGCUUAUUUACAAAAAUGCCUCUCUUUUAUAUCAAUACCAUUGUCGAAUUGUUCGUCAUUAUUGGGAAAUUGUAUUACCUUUGUUACAGAUGUGACGCUUCCACCAACGAGGUAAUUUAAACAAAAAGAUAUACCAAUUUAUUUUUUACUAUACCACCACAUGCCAUAAAAAUGUUUUUAUUCAAAUUUAAAAAUUGAUUUAAGGGCAAAAGAAUUAUUUUUCACUUGAAACAUUUAAGCUCAAUGAUACCAAAUGAUAUGAAUUCUCUGGAUAUAGUUAGUAAUUUUUAG